AUGGCAGAUCAUAGUCUGUCACUCGCGCUGAACAAAACUGAGAUUGUGAUUCUGACCAAAAAGUGGAUUGACACCAUUGUGCCGUUGAGGGUGGGGGACGUCGAAGUCCAAUCCGUUCGCACCGCCAAGUAUCUUGGUGUCAUGGUGCACUCUAAGCUUAGCUGGCGGGACCAGAUAUUCCGAACGGCAGACAAGGCCGCUAAGGUGAUAUCUUCUCUUAGCCGGUUAAUGGCCAAAGUCGGAGGUCCUCGUUCCAGUCGCAGAAGGCCGUUGAUGUCUACAGUUCAGUUUGUGCUCCUCGUGCCUGACUAUGCUUUAAGACCCAAAGUCCCCUACGAUGUCAAAACUUUCUUUUCAUUUGAUCCAACAAUAAUUGACUUUGGUUGGCAAGCGUUUUUAAAACCAGGUGAUAGAGGUAAACUCACUGAAGUUGGAAUCCUACAUAAGAAAAAAAGGUCCAGAAUUUGUGAGGAUAAAAAAACCAUAAUCAAGGCCCAUUGGAGAUUUUACAAGGUUGAUGGAUUAUACACGAUGACUGACAGUGUAGAGAAGAGUAAGAAACUUGAAAUGCCGAAUGUAUGUACUGAAAAACAAGCAGAUAACGAUUUUAUCAACAACGUUUGCGAGCCCAAGUUUAACAAGAUGGGUUCAGCAGAUUAUGUUUUACGGCUGACUAUACAGUCCUACCUGCAAACCGGCGAUGUAAUACCAAAAUAUAGGGACGACGCCCUGUAUAACUACUAUUGCUAUUUUACAUUGUUAGGCAAGAAACAGAAAGAUUUUAAAAUCAAAGGGAAUGAAACUAUCAACGCGUGUAUGGUUAACAUUGACACAACGGCCGUCCCAAAUGAAGGGAAAAUGAUUUGGACAUGCAAAGUCAUAGAGAAAGGACCUUGUCCACCGACCGUGAUUGUGAAUGAUAAAACAUAUUUGGAUAACACAAAAUUUGUUGAAGGAAAAUAUGAAAUAUGUGCAAUUUGGGAGGUAGAAAAUGAACAAGUUGGUAGAAAAUGUGUAACAGUGGUGUGCAAAGAGAAAAAGAAGCCGGAACAUAAACCAGACUUGAUAAUCUCGUGCUUGGAGAACUGUUUGGUUACGCCAGACCCAAACGUGCCUGUAAGACUUAGGGUCAUUGACCGGAACACAGGCCAGCCUCCAAAGACAAACAUUACCUGGGAAAUAAGGGAUCCUGAUGGGAAAACUAUUUCUCUUGGAGAUGUCAUCAUUUCUGAAGGAGUUAAACCCUACGAAUUAAAAAUGAAUGUAACUAAACUGAAGAAGUGUGUGGCGUACACGGUGUAUGCACAAGAUGCUGCUAAGGACAAAAUAAUACCCUACAACAUUGAAUACUGCCCUAAUGAAAUCCCAACGGAAGGUAAUUGCACGAUGACUCCUAAGUCGGGAAUGAAAGGAUUUACAUUGUUUGAUAUCACAUGUUUUGGCUGGCAGUCGGAAGGACCGAUACUUUAUGAAUUUUUUGACAAAGGACAUGACGAUAUAGAACACUAUCAAGGUCUCAGGUUGACUCGAGGCAGGGUCGUAAUAUAUUUACUCAAUGAGGACGGAGACGGACCUUCUGUCACAAUCAAUGUUAAGUUGUAUGACUUUGACAGAAAUAUAACGCAUAUUGAAUACUUAAUGAACGAAAUUGAUGAUUACAUGGGCUACAAUAAUUAUCAACCUGCGCAAGACCUUAUGUCCACUCUGGCUGAAAUACUGUAUAAAGACUUGAACAAUGAAUACUACAUUCGAAGAAUUAUAUCUUCAAUGGCCAGGAUUGAGUAUGAUUCAGCGGAGAGUAUGAAGCUUGGAAUUUCAACAAUACUCUCUGUUUUGGUCAACGGAACACUGAAAGGGACAUAUUUAUUGGACGACGUACUAGAAAUGUACACUGGGAGGAUACUGUUGAAACUCGCCAAAGUUUAUCUGAAAUAUGCUGUAAAACCUGAUCAUACACCUCGACUGCGGGCAAAACACGUUCACCAACUUUCCAGAAAUAUGAUGGAUUGUGUGGAUAUGGCCGUUAUUGCUCAAGAUAGAAACGUAACUAAACUUGCUCCCGAGGAAAACAUCAACUAUGAUGUGUACGACAAUCUAAAUGUUGCCUCCAAUGACAUGGCCGAGGCACUGAUGAUUUCCAUGUAUUUGGUGGGUCGAGUUCAGCCUUAUGGAGCGGUGGGGAGGCAGAUAAGGUCGACGGAAGGAGUUUCUGAAAUGUAUUCCUACGUCAACAAUGCAGAUGGCUUGGUAGAUGUGGCUGGUUCAAAUAUCACCUCCUAUGUUAACAUGUCAAAAAGUCUGGCCAAUACAUUCGAUGAAAACCACGACUUAAUGCUUCAGUUUGCACCUAUAAAGAAAAAUCUCUUUUGGUGGGCGCAAAACAACAUCAACACCGAAAUCAUCAUGGUUGGGCUAGCAGAAAGGCUGUACAGACCUGGUUAUUACUAUGUCCCAAAAGUGGAAGCCCCUGUCCAAAUCUUCAUGAAGGUGAAGAAGAUGGAAAAGACUACAGUUAGAGGAGUGGCUACCCAACUUGACCCAACACUAGAUAAUGACACACUGGACAAGAUAGUUCUAGUGCACCGCUUCAUUCUGCCACCACUGAGCAAACUAUUUAUAACCUUCAAGUUUGACGGGAACAGUUCAACUUCGCCUUUGAGGGUAUUGAUUAAUUUUAACGAGCGACCUAACUGGGAGGCCUUGUCUGGAGCUAAUGUUGUUUCACAACAAAACCCAGACGUGGUUAUUCCAUAUGACAUUGUUGAAAGAGAACACUUCUACUUCAUGGGAAUCCUUCCAGAUAAAAGUGUUCCAGUAAAUUCCACGGUUGACUAUUCUUUUGAUCUUCAUUUUGUGAAUUGCCAUAUCUGGGAAAAUCAGUGGAUUAAUCACUAUUGUUUGAAGGCCACCAAGAAGCUUAGUAUUCCUCGUGGUGAAAAUUGA